UCUCCUCCCGCCCCCUCCCCUUCCUCCUGCCUGUGCCGCUUCGCCGAUGUUCGGGAAGCCAGACAAGAUGGACGUCCGGUGCCACUCGGACGCCGAGGCCGCCCGGGUCCCGAAGGGCGCGCACAAGGAGAGCCGCGAGCUCAAGGGCGCCGAGGGGAGCCUGCCCGCCGCCUUCCUCAAGGAGCCGCAGGGCGCCUUUGCGGCGGGCGCCGCGGAGGACUGCAGCAAGAGCAAAGCCAGCCCCUCCGCCGACCCCGACUACUGCCGCCGGAUCCUGGUCCGAGAUGCCAAGGGCUCGAUCCGAGAAAUCAUCCUGCCCAAGGGCUUGGACCUCGACCGGCCCAAGAGGACGCGCACGUCCUUCACGGCGGAGCAGCUCUACCGGCUGGAGAUGGAGUUCCAGCGUUGCCAGUACGUGGUGGGCCGGGAGAGAACUGAGCUGGCCCGGCAGCUCAACCUGUCCGAGACCCAGGUGAAGGUCUGGUUCCAGAACCGGCGAACCAAGCAGAAGAAGGACCAGGGCAAGGACUCGGAGCUGCGCUCCGUGGUGUCGGAGACCGCCGCCACGUGCAGCGUGCUGCGGCUGUUGGAGCAGGGCCGCCUGCUGUCGCCGCCCGGCCUGCCCGCGCUGCUGCCGCCCUGCGCCACCGGCGCCCUCGGCUCGGCGCUGCGCGGGCGACACUUAAGUCAGUCCAGCCGCCUGUCCUCGGCCCCGCUGGCCAUGGCUGGCUCGCUAGCCGGGAAUUUGCAAGAACUCUCGGCCCGGUACCUGAGCUCCUCGGCCUUCGAGCCUUACUCCCGGACCAACAGUAAAGAAGGGGCCGAGAAAAAGGCGCUGGACUGACUUAAGUGUCGCCUGUACUUAUAUUUAUCACACCCAGUGUGGUGGUAUUUAUGGACUCGCGCCUUGGGCGCCCAGGCUUCUGCGCUGGCCUCCCCGGCCCGGCCCGCCGGCCUCUGACUGCUCCCUCACCCAGCCCGCCGGCCACCGGUUCCGGCUCACUUGGGCUGGUUUUGUUCUCUCUACUCUUUCUUCCUCCCGCCAACCCCGGUUUCCGCCUGAAUCCAGGAAUGAUCCAAAGAAUUGGGGAGAAAUACCCGAAUUAGCCACCCCCAGCCCUGCCAGCCAGGAAGUAACAGCGGUCCAGGCCCGGGACCCCUGCUCUGGACAGGGCGCUGCGCACUGCUCCUAAGGGUAUUCGGAAGAGGAACUGCGUUCACAGACCGCCAGGGACUGAAAGAGCUUCCUCUCUCUUCUUGUCAGAGAAGCCAGGAUUCUGGGGGCUCCUGGCUUCGAGUUUUAGAGUUCUCGGAAUCCUUGGUGCACGAGCGAGCAGCAACUGCCCAGAACAGAGCUGAUGAGUUUUAUUCCCCUUAGGAAAGCUCCGAUCGCAGGCUCCCCGACCCUGAGACGCGAUAAAUCACGAUAAAUUAAUUUGUCUUGUUCGGCGAAGGUGGUAAUAAAUUUGAUCUAACAGCAAGCAAUAAAGCAAGAGUAAUUGUUACGUAAAACCAGAUGGGCACCUGUUUUUGAACACACAGAAAUAGUUGAGUUUGCAGGGUGUGAGAAAUUCGGACUAGAGAAUGCAUCACAGGGUCGUGGAAAUCAAAAUCCCGAGUGCUGUGACUUUAGACAGGAACUUAAGAGGAGAAGCAAAGCCGAUGACUCCAACGACAGAAGACUCACUCUCCUCUUCCGAGGCUGUGCGGGCGGUGGCCCACGGCUCCUGCUCCUCCCAGCGCAGUGGCUGGGGGCUUUCUUCCCUCCAGGGUCUCCCAGAACGAAGCUACUGCGGAAUAGCUGGGGUCAGAAUUAAAUCAACAGCUAUUGCUCACCUCCUGAACCCCUGUGUUUAUGCCGGCUUUUCACCGAGGAGCAGGAAGCUCCGGGAUUUCCCAGCAGUUGUUUGCCGGAGGACAGGAUGGGUGCCUGGCAGUCAGGCCUUCAUUGGCCAGUGGUUCCUUGUGUGGCAGCCAGGACACGCAUUUCCUCUCCCUUCUCAACCUCCGGUGGCAGCCACCCCGACUUAGAACCCUUCCCACCACGCGGGUGCGGCCCCAACCCUCUCUGUCCCCACAGCCACCACCUCGCACGAUUUAACCAAAACCACAGACCCAGAGUGCGAGCAGCCUCAGUGUAGAAUGUAUCCGCCCGUCUGAAACAAGCGCAGAACGUUAACAAAGUAACUUUAUUGUAAAGUAUUUACAUCUGAGGUUUUCCCUUUUCAUUUUUCCAUUUCUUUGCUUGCUUAAUUUUCUUUCUUUUUGUUCUCUCUCUCUCAGCAAAUAGGGAAGAAAAUAACAAAUUAUUCAAACGCAGGUAGUGUCACUGAAUCCUGGCUACUAAUUGUGUUCUGGAUGUCUUGGCUCUUUGGAUGUUUUUGUAUUUAUGUGGUGAGAGUGAAAAAAAUAUAUCUAUGAUGAUAAAGUGUA